AUGAAUCAAGAUCGAAAUACGUACAAUUCAUCUUACCCACCAUACGAAGGUUACCAACCUUAUCCGACUCAACAACCAGCUGGAUUUAUGCCGUAUCCACCUCAAUCUGGUGGUGGCUAUGGUCAAAACGAGAUGCCAUUUCAAGUACCUCCUGUGUUGCCACGUCCAAACUUAGCCAAAGAUAAUGAACCAGGCGAAGGUCAAUGGGGAGAUUUUACUGGUCUUGAAAGCAAAGAAAUUCGUCGUGUAUUUAUUAGAAAAGUUUAUUCAAUUCUUAUGAUUCAAUUAUCGAUUACAUUUGGUCUGAUUGCUUUAUUUCAUUUUACGCCAUCAAUUCGUGAAUACGUGAGAAGUUCCAAUGGUCAAUGGCUUUAUUUCACAUCAUAUGUUGUCUUUCUGGUUACUUAUCUUGCAUUGGUUUGUUCGAAACGUGCAGCACGAAGAUUUCCGCUCAAUCUUAUUUUACUUGGCAUUUUGACAUUAUCGAUGGGUUAUAUGAUGGGCAUGAUUUCUGCAUAUUAUAAAAUCGAAUCUGUCUUAAUUGCUGUCGGUAUAACAGCAUUUGUUUGCUUGGGUGUUACUUUAUUUUCAUUCCAAACAAAAUAUGAUUUUACGUCAUGUUUUGGAGUUUUAUUUGUUAUUUCAUUGGCACUUUUAGGUUUUGGAAUUGUUUGUGCUUUUACUUAUUCUAGAGUAAUGUAUACAGUCUAUGCUGGUCUUGGAGCUGUGGCUUUUUCGAUCUUCUUGGCUGUUGAUACGCAAUUACUUAUGGGUGGAAAACGACAUGAAAUAAGUGCUGAAGAUCAUAUUUUUGCAUCACUUAUGCUGUAUAUUGAUAUUGUUUAUAUAUUUAUGUAUAUUCUUACUUUAUUUGGCAACCGAGAAUAA